GUUGAAAUCCAACAGUUGUAACAUUAAAGAACAACUUUUUAAAAGGAAAGAUCAAAGUAGACAUCACUUUGGUAUUAACUGAUCAAGCAAACAUGUUUUGUAGAAAAUAAGUGCAGAACCAGUUAUUCAUUUUUCUGCAUUUACAAAUCUUUGUGCAAAACAUAAUGAGGUCCAGUGAACAUCACAGGAGUGCAGUAAACUGUGGAGCCAUGUUCGCACUCUCCAGUCGUUCUGAGGAGAAUGUUACAAAAAACAGUUUUGCCCAGAAGAUGAACAGUGGUUGGGAUGGUCCACAGCUAAUUAAACUAGGAGAAGUGGCUCUGCAGAGGAAAACCGAACACCUGGUACAUGUUCUGAGGCAGGAGCAGGUCUUACAAGCCCAAGAGAGAGUCAGGGUGAAGGAGAAAGAGGAGCAGCUGAGAGGUGAGCAGCAGAAGCUGAGGCAGAUGCUCAUCACGUCUGAUGAAAGGGAGAGGCUGCUGAUGGCCAAAGUGGAACGGCUGCACAGUCUUCUGCAGAAAGAAAGAGGCGCUCACAAACAGGAAAUGCUGAGGAUGAAGGAACUGCAGAAGCACAUGCUGCAGCAGGAGCAGGCCUCUGAAGAAAACCAUGAGAGGCGGAAGGAGAGCGGAGAGCAGGAGAGAGGAAAAGUUCACAUGCUGAGACAAACGUUGGCCACGGCCGAUAAAAAGUCAAGGCCACUCAUGGACAAAAUCGAACAGCUGAACGGCCUGCUGCUGAAGGAACGAGCCUCACACCAACAGGAAGUACUGAAGCUGAAAGAGAAGGAGGAGAUGAUCAGUCAAGAGAUGCAGAGAGAAAAAGACAAAUCUGAGAAUGUUAAUAAGCAGUUGCAGACUCUUCUGAAGGCCAUAGAGCAGGAUAAAACCUCUGCAGCAGAGGAGCAUCUGGAAAACCAACAAAUGGAGCUUGGCACCCAGACCAUAAUGACAGAUGAAGCCCAAAUACUAAAAUGUCUAACUGAUUUUGAAAAACUGCAGGAACAGAGCGAUGGCAGUACACAGCCCCUGCAAGAAGAUGACAAGAACACUGCUCCAGCGCAGAUCCAGGAGGACCAGGAAGAUGAGAGCUGCAAGACCACAGAAGGACAGAGCAGCUCAGAGGACGAGGAUGAAGACGAACUGUGGUCAUUAAAAACCAAUGAUAACCUAAAUGUGGAGGAAAUCCCUGAUCUACAGGCUCAAAACAACUUGUCCCUAGAGGAGGAGGAGGAGGAGAAGGUGAAGGAGAUGGAGGACAUGGAGUCUGACCCAGAAUCAGAAUCUCCAGAGGCCUCGUGUGAAAACAUCAACAGGGUGUCUGAGGAUCCAAGGGCGCCAUGGUGGAAAAAGUUAGUCAGCAUGAGAAUCUGGUAGUUGACUGGACCAGUGUGACCUUCAUGAACGCCAAAAAUGUUUUUUAGUUUAUUAAGAAGGUCUCGUCCCAUCAACCCAACGUUAAGAGUCGUCAACUAGUUCACACUGGAACUAGUUAGUUUGUGUAGUGGAUGAAAAUGUCGUCACGCAGCGAUAUAUGUGGAAGAUGGCUUUGUUUACAUUCGCUGGGUGUACAGGGUUCUCAAGCUUAGGCUGGAGUUCGCUACCACGGACGCUGCUUCCUAAGAUGGGCUGCAACAAGUCCUGACGAAUGAAAGGAGGCGCUCCAGCAAAUAUCAUUCAACGAGCUUAAGUUCCACAGAUAAUAGUCCGACAGCGAAUGAUGACAAAUUCACCCAUUCAUGAAAAGUCUAUCUUUAUGUCUCCACACCAAUAAACAACGUGUGAAAGUACUUUUAAAUGUCUGCCUUUCAUAAGUGUUAAUAAAGUAAGCUUUACAAAAAA